AUGGCUCCAUCUUCUGUCGCUGUUCAUAUCCACCCUGUCUCCCGAACCCCUGAAAGUGGGAAAGAAGUCACUGUUGUAUCCGCCGUCGCAGUCUCAGGCCCACCUUCUCCAGUUCCAAAAUCAACAACGGAGGUUCAUUCUGUUCAAGGAUUUGGAGAGAAACAUACAAAAAGAACCCUAGCAUCAUUCACGCUGGAAGACCGAGUUGUAGUCAUUACUGGUGGAGCUCGAGGCAUCGGACUCGUCCUUGGCCAGGCAUUGAUUACGAGCGGCGCUCAUCUGGCAAUUGUUGAUAUUGACAUCCAGGAAUCAAAGAGACAAGCGGCUCAUCUCGAAUCUCUUUUUAAAGAGCGCAAUCCCAAUGGGACAGCGCAAGUAAAAGUCACUGCUCAUUUUGCAGAUGUCUCAGAUCCUGUAUCUGUAAAUACUGCAAUUCAGGAAAUCAUCGCAUCCCACGGCAAGAUUGAUAAUCUUGUCACUUCGGCUGGUUUCACGGAAAACUAUAGUGCCGUGGAUUAUCCAUUUGAUCGGAUGAAGAAGCUCUGGGGAGUAAAUGUCGAUGGAUCUUACCUAUUUGCCACCACAGUAGCUAGGCAUUUGAUGGAGCGUAAUGCACCUGGAAGUAUUUUAUUGAUUGGCAGCAUGUCUGGAAAUGUCAUCAAUGUGCCACAACAGCAGACUCCAUACAAUGUCUCUAAGGCGGCCGUUCGACAUAUGGCUGCUUCGCUUGCUGUUGAGUGGGCACCAUUUGGUAUUCGAGUAAAUUGUUUAAGCCCAGGGUACAUGGUAACCGCAUUGACAAAGAAGAUUCUGGCCGAGAGACCUGAUCUCAAAGAGAAAUGGACUUCAUUGACUCCACAAGGUAGACUGGGCAAACCAGAGGACUUGAUAGGUGCUGCAACUUUCUUGUUAUCGGAUGCAUCUGAGUACGUAACAGGCGCUGAUCUUCGAGUUGAUGGAGGGUACACACUUAUUUGA